GGUGUCCCGAGGUGUCCCUCCUCUGACUACUCCGGUGAGUGAAGUUCAUCGAAAGGAUUUGGCGCCGUCCUUUUCCAUAUCCACAGUCAAAGAGGACGCACUGCUUGAUCUACAGAAUUUUGACCAAGCACUCAGGAUCCUCCUGAGUCCUGGGUCAGAGGUCAAAGCAUCAUGGGGACCAGGAGGGUGUUGGUGACCGGAUGCUCCUCUGGCAUUGGUCUGGCUGUAGCUGCCCGGCUGGCCAAGGAUGAGCUGAAACGAUUUAAAGUGGUUGCCACGAUGAGGGACCUGGAAAAACGAGGGCCCUUGGAAAAAGCGGCAGGCGACUCCUUAAAUAAAACCUUGGAGAUCAAACAGUUGGAUGCCUGCUGUGAAGCCUCCAUCAGAGAGUGUGUCAACAGCUUGCCGGACAGACGGGUGGAUGUUCUCGUGAACAAUGCUGGUGUUGGCAUGAUUGGACCUCUGGAGUGCCAAAGUAUCUCUGCCAUGAAGGAGCUCUUUGACACAAACUUCUUUGGCCUUGCACGCCUGGUGAAGGAGUUGCUGCCAGAUAUGAAGCGCAGGCAGAACGGCCAUAUUGUGGUGAUGAGCAGUGUCAUGGGAAUUCAAGGAAUCCUGUUCAAUGACGUCUACUCUGCCUCCAAAUUUGCUGUGGAAGGAUUUUGUGAAAGUCUGGCAAUACAAGCGUUGAAGUUUAACAUCAAGACAACUCUAGUAGAACCUGGCCCUGUGGUGACGGAGUUUGAAAGGAAAGUGUACGAGGAUGCUGAGAAUAUGGAUCUAUCAGGGGCAGACGAGGAGACUGCCAAGAUGUUCCGAGAAGUUUACCUGCCAUACUCUAAAAAGAUCUUCUCCUCAUUAGGUCAGACCCCGGAGGAAGUGGCCGAGCAAACUCUUAAAGUGAUUACUACCAAGGAGCCUCCUCUGCGUCACCAGACCAACCGUCUGUACAUGCCUCUGACAGCUCUGAAGCACGCUGAUCCGACUGGCCGGCUACCUCUGGAUGCUUUUUAUAAAAUGACCUUUAACCAUGACAAAGUGUUCAAUGCUUCCCUUGGCGUGCUGCGCAUGCUGCAGAGGAGAGCAAAGAAGUUAUGAAGACUUCACCAUCAGGUCUCAUGACCUCUAAAGAAAUGACUAUCAAUGUACUCAUUGACACAGAUUGAAUGAUGGACUGUUAAAUAACAGACAUUUUACUCUGAGCACAGUAACUAUUACAUUUUAAUGAUCUCUUGUUUUUUUGGAAAUAUGUAUGUAAUAUUUAUAAACUUCUUUUGCAAUUGUGCAACAUUUAUUUAAAAACUUUCAGAUGAAUUGUGAAAUGAUUUAGCUGAUGAGUUGAAACAAAGCUCAAAAAUAAAUCAAUUUUAAAAACUUUUCAAAAAAGAUUUUUUCAGCAGGUACAUUGAGGAUUUAUUAUUCUGUUAGGAAGGUGUCUAUUCAUUUAUUUGCAUUGGAUGCACAAUUGAAUUGUAACAAACUGGAACUGUUUUAUUUAUUUGAUAAGAGUGUGAACAAACUGGGGAGAGUUGUAUGCAUGUAAGUUGUAAAGGCGUCUGAGAAAAUGUAUAAAUAAUUUGAUUUUAAAGAAUUGAAGUGAGAAAGUAGUAGGGAUAUAAGUUUCACUUCUACCUACACCUUGUCGGACGCUUUUAAUUUUGUUUGUUAUAUUUGAUCUCUUUUUGAAAAAGAGGGGCAGGGCAGCCUGGGUUCUAUUCUGGCCUGCUGCUCUUUCCUCUCAUCUCUUUUUCUGACUAUCCACUUUUCUCCUGUCUGAAUAAAGGCAUAAAAAGCCCCCCAAAAAUCUUUAAAAAUAGAAUAAGUCAUUCAUUCAGUCAGCUGUG